GCCAUAACAAAACUGGUGCUGCCCUGUAGACUGAGCAGAGGAGACUAGCAGAGAAGUAGGAAAUGGCGAGGUGGUGGAACGGCGCCGCAGGUGGGCUGAGCAGGGCAGUUGCGUUGGUGAAGCCUAGGGCUUCAUCAUCAUCAUCAUCUGCAACUGCAUCGUACCAUACCAUACAGGCAAUACCAAGAGAUUACACAGGUAGCAGAAUGUCCGCCAGGGACAGAGCCCAAGGCAGGAUCCCUGCCGUCAUCUUCGCCCAGCAAUUCCAAGAACUCGACCCUAAUAGCAGUACCAGUAGUGGCAAUGACAGUAGAAUUAGCACGACAGUGUCAAGGAAGCAUCUCAUCACCACUGAAAGGAAACAAAUUUAUUCCAUACUCAAGUCCGUAGAACCUCUAUUCUUCUGCUCUACCACGUUUCAGCUCCAAAUUCGUGCAGGUGCCGGCUCCUCUCACCUCCUCGAGUCCGGAACAGUCCUUCCUAUAAAGAUUCAUAAGGAUCCCGACACCGGGAAAAUCCUAAACCUGGUUUUUGCUUGGGCUCAGAGUGGUUCAGAGUUGAAGGUCGAUGUGCCAAUCGUUUUUGAGGGAGAGGAUCGUUGCCCUGGGAUCUUGAAAGGAGGGCAUCUGAACAGGAUAAGAGCAAGUUUGAAAUACCUGUGUCCCGCUGAACAUAUUCCGCCAAAGAUUGAGGUGGAUGUGAGCAAUUUAGAUAUUGGAGACAAAAUUCUCGUGCAUGAUAUUGAAGUCCAUCCAUCAUUGAAGCUUUUAAAUAAGAAUGAGAAAAUGCCGAUAUGUAAAAUUGUGGCUACAGAGUCAGAAAGCUCAGAAUCUGCAGAUAAACUAACUGCGUAGUCGGGGCUUAUGACACUGCAGAUACUUUUAAAAGCGGUUGCCACCUUGCUAACAGAGAAAUAUGCUUCCUCUUGAAUUGGUGCAUUGAAAUGCAUGGUGAUUCGAAAUGCAUCCAGAAACAGUAUUGUGGUCUUUUGAUGUUUGGUGAGUGACCAUGUUCUCCGGAUGUACUUGACCUACCAGCAUUAUUUGUUUAUUUAUUUUUCUUUUCUUUUGUUUUCAAGUUCGAACUUCGAACAUUUAACAAAUAUCCAUAUAGAAUUACUGAGAUUGUAUGAAUUACCUAGCACAAGAUUUAAUGGUUUAAGAUAUACUUUCUUGGAU